AUUUCUUUAAGCAGUCUAUCGAAGAUUGUCGACUGAUUAACAAGACGCGUGUAGAAUUUCGAGAAAAGAAAGGGAUAAUAUAAUACUUUUUAUCCUGAAACAAGAAUGGAACACACAAAGAAAAGAAAAUUUAUUGAUUUCAAUGUUGAUUAAAAAGGAAGACGUGACAGAGGAGAGUAAGGAGAGAGCGCAAUGGAAAAACGGAGUGGAAUUUCUUAUGUCCUGUGUGGCGUUCUCUGUCGGUCUUGGAAAUGUCUGGCGAUUUCCUUAUACGGCUUACGAGAACGGCGGCGGUGCUUUUCUCAUUCCUUAUAUAGUAGUACUCUUCAUCAUCGGCAAACCCUUUUAUUACAUGGAGAUGAUCCUUGGGCAAUUCACCAGCAGCUCCUGCGUCCAAAUCUGGUCCGUGUCGCCUUUAUUUCAAGGUAUUGGCUAUGGCGUAGUAAUAUCGGUAUUCUCCGUAAUUACUUAUUACUGCGGCCUUAUGGCUUUGACGCUCUACUACAUGGUGGCCAGUUGCCAGUCCGAACUUCCGUGGGCCUAUUGUUGGGAAGAAUGGGAUGACGCGUGCUUCAAUAGCUCAUCAACCGUUAUCGAACAUGUGAAAAACGGAACUAGAAGUUCCGCUGAUUUGUAUUUUAGAAAAGUCGUCCUUAAUGAAACAGGACUCGAGAAUGGACUCGGGUCACCUUCGUGGAAGUUGGUCCUGGCGUUGCUGAUCAGUUGGAUAUUCGUCUACGUCGUGAUCUGCAAGGGUGUGAAAAGUACCGGUAAAGCGGCUUACUUUCUGGCCCUUUUCCCGUACGUCAUCAUGAUCAGUCUUUUGGUUAGAGCGGUGACGCUGGACGGAGCGGUGGACGGCAUUAUCUUUCUCUUCAACCCCGUGUGGCACAAGAUUCUAGAACCAGCGGUUUGGUAUGCCGCCGUCACCCAAUCCUUUUUCUCUCUUGGCGUGUGCUUCGGCGCGGUGACCAUGUACUCCUCCUAUAACAGUUUCGAACACAAUACGUCCAGAGAUUGUACGAUUGUGACGACUCUGGAUCUUUGUACCAGUUUGAUGGCAGCCACGACUAUCUUUGGAAUUCUGGGUAAUCUCGCUCAUGAAAUGGGUACCGAUGACAUUAGCAGCGUCGUUCGCGCCGGAACAGGUCUAGCUUUCAUCUCUUAUCCAGAAGCUCUGGCGAAAUUCACCGUGGUGCCACAGUUUUUCGCCGUGCUCUUCUUUCUGAUGCUCUUCGUCUUAGGUAUAGGCACCACUGUUGCCUUCUGUAACGUUGUCGUCAGCGUUAUCAAGGAUCAAUUCCCGCAGCUUAAACAAUGGAAGAUUGCUGCUGGUGUUGCGAUCUCUGGUUUCCUAAUUGGCAUUGUUUAUUGCACGCCCGGUGGUCAAUACAUUCUUAAUCUGGUAGACUACUUUGGCGGCACUUUCAUUAUCGUAUUUUUAGCUUCCUUUGAAGUAAUUGCUAUUUCCUGGGUAUACGGAGUCGACAAUUUUUUGGACGACAUCGAAUUUAUGAUGGGACGACGGCCAUUCUUUUAUUGGAAAUUCUGUUGGUGUUACUUAACUCCUCUAUUUCUAUUCAUUAUUUUGAUUUAUUUCCUGAUCAAUUUAACACCGAUUACGUACAAUGAUGAAUAUUAUCCAACAUCUGCAUACGCUGCGGGUUGGACGCUUUUGGCUUUAGGGAUUCUCCCGUUGCCUUUACGAAUGAUUUAUGUCGGAAUUCAAAAUAAAGAUAAGACAUGGCUGAAUAUAAUUAAGCCGAACGUCGAUUGGGGUCCAAAAGAUCCAAAGAAAUACAAUGAAUGGAAAGACUUCAAACAAUCGAAAGAGAUAUCACGAAUGUGCGCGAUAAAAUCGAAAGUUAUAGCAAGACUAUUUGGCAAUAAUUGACAAUUGCAAUUAUAAAACAAUAUUAAAGCAGUAUUAAACAGAUAAUCAGAGUGUUAUAUUACACUAUAAAUCAUAAUAACUGUAUAUAGUGAUCGAGUAAAACAAUUUCAAAAUAAUAUCGCAGCUCUUUAUCGCGAAUUGCGUUAUACAUAGUGUAACAAGCAUUAAUUAUAAUAGUUAUACCAUAGUGUUACAAGCAUUAAUUAUAAUAGUUAAAUAUAAUUAAAUAAUACAUUAAAUUUUAUACGAAAAGGCUUAAUGAAAUCAUUGACAUAUUAGUUGUUUAACUGCACUAAUAGCGAUCCUGCGAGAGGGAGGAGAGAGAUUUGUUACAAAUUCUUCCUUCCAAAUAAAAAAAAAAUCAAUUUUGCUGA